CCAUACAUUCUAGUACGUGGCAACCUAGCAUCAUACAGUCAUAAAUAUCCCUGGAGAGUUUUAGUGUCAGGGCUUAAAGAAGUAAAGCACAACGAGGUAUAACGAUACUUUUAGCGCGACAAUGGCAACAACAACCAAUUCCAAAAAGCAAGACACCACCGCCGUCGACGAGGACGACGACAUUUUCUAUUACGUCGGUGUAAAAGCGUCACCGUUCGCGGCCGAUAGCGCGGUUUUCGGUUUGCCACCGAAGGAGGUAUCGGCCUUACGCUGUCGUUUCCCGCUGUCCUCCUGUAGCACGAAUGUUGUGAAUGGAAUUAUGCUUAAAGGCACACCAUUCUCCGUCAUAAAUGCUCUAGCUGAACUCGGCUAUCGAGUUAUUUGUAGUACCGGAGAAGCCGAGGUACUUUGGACACUACAGCGGGAUUGUUAACACUUUAAAAAUGGGCCUUACUACAAGCGCAUUAUAUGUCUAAACAUAUAUUCUCUUGUGACUUCUAUAUAUAUAAUAUGUAUGUGUCUUUAUGAAUCAAACUGUAGACAUUAGUAUUAAUGAAUCGAUGAGAUUUGUAACUUCAC